AACUAAAGAAUAGCUCAAACUCUAACUAGUAAAUAACAAGCUCCUCAUAACUAGGAGUUAUUAACAGAUACGAAGACCAAGCAAUCCUAUCAACUCAAACUACUUAACCAUCAUCCAAUUGAAAUGCAACGACCAAGUCUCCAACAUCGUCCGAUGGACUUCUUAUGGCGGCUUCGAGCCCUCUCCCGCCUCAUGUUGAGGCCUAUAUCGAAAUAUCGCUGAGAACCUUCGCCACCUUCAGCUGCUGCCGCGGCAAUCGCGUCUUCCGCCUCGAUCUCCGCCUCUUGGAGGAGCGUAUCGCCAACACCGUCGCCGACGGUCUUUCUUUGUGUCUCACGGCGGAGAAGGCCUUCGAGCUGCUCUAUAGCUUGAAAAACAGUGAGGGUAAUGUGGUGCACAGCUCUCCGAUGCAGCUAAUCUCACAAUACAGCGGUGUUUUACCAGGAGUAGAUUGGUCUGCUGACAGCUAUGUAGUCAGCGUCCAGAUUCCGGCUCUCAUUUUCCGGGAGCUCAUCAACAAUUUGAGCACGCAUGCUCCUACAGUUCAAGCCACAAUGACAAGUUUAGAAAUCAUAUUUCGUGCUGCUGAUAUGGAGACUGUUAUGAGCGAAGAGGAUUUGAGUUACAUAAUUCUGCUUCGGGAAGGCCAAUAUCCUUAUACAUUUAGAUUUACGCUCCACCAAAAGAGUGCAAUACUAAACGCUGUGAGCUUAUCAGACCGGGUUACACUUAAUCAGCUUUUGGAUUCACGUACCGUGAUACAAAUACCGGUUGAGGGACUCGGCAGCAUCCAGUUCUGCUUUCCGCUUUAGAUUAACAGAUGAGAAUGACUUGAAGAGGUGUCCAUCUGAACAUGCAUGGUCUGAAGUUCGAAUUGUACUGUUAUUCUCUUGUUGAGUACUGGACAUGUCAAAUAUGCUGUUACCUUAUGUUGUACUGGCCAUGAUGGUAUAGGAGUCUAGUCCAAACAAUCUGCAAUCGUUCUCUUACCUGAUUCUAAUGAUGCAAACUUCUACAUACAUAUUGAUACAUUCUUUAAGAAUGUGCUCUUGAUCACAAGUGUAAAUGACCCACACAGGAUGAAGUGAGAUGCAGUAGAAAACUCACGAAAUGCAAAAUCUCUGUUAAGUGAGAUGUACAUGUCCUAAUGUUCUACACAAAUGCUUUGGUAUGAAGGAUUAUAUCCAAUUCAUGGUAGUAAUUUUGUUGUGG